UGGAUGUGUCGCAGAUUUUAAAACUCCGUGAAAGCGGAGGGGAGCUCGCGCGCUCCACCGAAAAUGCUAGAAAACGCAGAAGUGUCCGGAUAACCGGUUAGAAACGGGACGGAUCGAGCUUCCAUACUGAUCGCAGAGCAAAAAAAAGUGAAACCGGACGCGCUAGAAAUUUAAAGCAAUUCAUUUACAUAAAUAAAUAAAUUAAUUAAAGUCCGCUUGAAAGCUGCGCUGCGAAAUGGAGCUGUCAUCCAUCGGGGAGCAAGUGUUCGCCGUAGAGUCCAUCACCAAGAAGAGAGUUAGAAAGGGAAAUGUGGAGUAUCUACUGAAGUGGCAAGGAUGGCCUCCUAAGUACAGCACAUGGGAACCGGAGGAUAACAUCCUAGACCCUCGGCUCGUUCUUGCCUUCGAGGAGAAGGAGGAGCGAGACAGAGCACAGGCUCACAGGAGGAAAGGCCUGAGGCCCCGCAGACUCGUCUUACGGAACAUCUACACCAUGGAGCUCCGAAGUGCUCAAAAAACUCCGGAGAAACCCCGAUUCCGCCUGUCACUCGCCCGCUCCACUGGGGCAGGGCUACAGCAGAAUGGGCGGCGCUGCAGGAACGGUGAGGGCGGACUCUACCACCACCGUCUUUUGAAGCGCAGGAGCAGGCAGUGCGUGUCCAAACCGACAGAAAGUGCAGAAUCGCCACGGCAACGAACACUGACCCUUGAGAAAGAAAUAGUGGAGGAGGAGGAGGAGGAAGAGAACGAGUGGGAGAAAGAGGAGGAGCAGCAGGAGAAGAAGAGAAGGAAGACAGAAAAAGAGGAGCAUCAUGACAUUCCUGACGCCCAGGAGAUGACAAAAGACCACUCCCCCUCUACACAGGAAGCUGUUAUCACCGAAAAACCAGAACACUGCACUUCCUCCCCCGACUGUGAGGUGACACCACCCAACACCGAGAUCGGUUCAGCUACAACGGUGACGGAGCAGCUGGCGAGCACUACUACCACAAACACACCCGAGCACAAGCCAAUCACAGACACUUCAGGGGGUGGAGUCUCGCACGAUACACCCAUCACUGACAAAACACUGAAGUGCGACGCAGGAGUGAUCACAGACAGGGUCCAAAACCGAGCCUCGGUGAUAACGGUGCGACAUUUGUUUGACAGGUUUGUGCAGGAUGAGCAGAGACAGACAGGUGAGAAAGACAGCAAGGCCAAGAGAGAGACAGACAAGGACGAGGUCACGGCCGAGUGCACCACCACCUUACAGGUCAGAACAGACGAGUCUCAGACGUCCGAGCACACACGGCAUCCUGGGAAGGUGAUCGUGACUAACGUGACCGUUAACUCGCUGACGGUGACGUUUAAAGAGGCCAUGACGGCCGAAGGGUUUUUCAGCAGCUCCGGGCUGCAGGUCUGAGCGACGAGGAGGAAAGAGGAUACACACUUACAACCAAAAGUACUUCCUGUCAAACAGCUAAUGUGGCUAAUAAUCAAAGAAAGGAGUUAGCAUAUGAAUCUGAAUAACGCAUGCUAGCUGGAUUUUGUUAGAAACGUUAGCAUUUGUGGUGAAGUACGCCUUAUUCACGUGAGAGUGAGGGAUUACCGGACCAGCCAACGUGUCAAUCUGUCCAUGUAGUGAAGCCUUUCACUGUUUUUGCUUUACAGAUACUCGUUCGUUGUUAAAAAGGGUUACGUUUCCGUCUCCAUCCUUUCGUUUUAGUGAAAACGUGAACAAUCGUGGAGGGAUUUCCGUGUUAUCGAAAACAACGCCUUUAAAUGCACGCAAAAAACCAAGGUCGUUUACACUUAACGCAUUGUUGGUGUUAACUGUUCCAGUUAAAAAAAAAAAGAAAGAAAGAAAAAAAAGAUGUACAUGAUUUAGUGCAAGGUCUUUCUUAAGGGAUGGCAAUGACCAGAUGACAUCAUCAGCCCCUAGUCUCUGCAGCCUGUCCCCCAUCUGCGACAGAUGAAGGUUUUUAGUCGGCUCGGGUUUUGCUCUGCCUUGUGCGCCGAGGCCUUGCUGCAUUUUUAACGAGUCCGAAUCGGUUCACAUUACAGAUGCCACUGCACUGAAGUGUCAUUCACACAGCGUUGGAGAAGUGUGCUUUAGAUGUAUCUCUAGCAUGCGACAAAAUCGAGCUGAACUUUACAUCACGUGGUGAAGCCGCAAGCAAAAAAAAACAAAAAAAACAACAAAAAAAAAGAAGAAGAGAAAAACAUGCCGUUGUACGACUUGUAGUUCAUCUAUGGCAAGGUUACAUUUUUAUUUGUAUUUCCAAUAAAUAA